CGCUGUCAUUUUCCUAUUCGGAGAAGGCGCAAGCGUUGUAGAGAAUGUUGGAGAGAAUCGUAUGCGUUUAGGGUUUUUGCUUCUAGAGGUUGUGCAUAUAAAUUUAAGGCACUCGUCUGUGGCCUUACGUAUUAGUUAAGGGUUAGGGUUUCGAUCCAAUGGCGGAAGAGAGAUCGACUGGUGUGGUACGAUGGUUCAACGAUGUCAAGGGUUUCGGGUUCAUCACGCCCGACGACGGAGGAGAAGAUCUGUUCGUCCAUCAGUCCGCCAUCAAAUGCGAGGGUUUUCGUAGCCUGGCUGAGGGCGAGCGCGUCGAGUUCCAGAUCGAGCUCGGCGUUAACGAGAGAACCAAGGCCGUGAAUGUCACCGGUCCCGACGGAUCUCCCCUCCAGGGCAACAAGAAGGACGGUUACAUACGGUCCGGACGCGGAGGUGGUGGAGGUUGGAGAAGCGGCGGUUGUUACAAUUGUGGCGAUCCUAGGCACCUGGCCAGGGAUUGUUACAAAGGGAACAGCGGCGGCGGCGGCGGCGGUGGCUGUUUCAAUUGUGGUGAGGUUGGGCACAUGGCUAGGGACUGUCCUAACGGAAACAAUGGCGGCGGCGGUGGUGGUGGCGCGUGUUAUACCUGUGGUGGGUUCGGACACUUGGCAAGGGACUGCAGGGGUGGCGGUAGUGCUGGCGGUGGCGCAUGCUUUUCAUGUGGGGGAUUCGGUCACCUUGCUAGGGAUUGCCGCAACAACGGCGUUUCCGGGAGGUUCAGUGGUGGCGGUGGCGGCGGAGGAAGGAGAGGCUGUUUCAACUGUGGGAAACAAGGACACCUUGCCAAAGAGUGCCCUGACGUAGCUUGAUUAUGAAGAAAAAAGAGUAAUAGUACAUAUUCUCUCUUUUUUCUAACCAUUUUGAUCUUUAGUUUCUUAAUGCUUACUUUUUAAUUAUUGGGGUUAUACACACGAUGAUUUUAUAUUUUGUGCUGGUUUUGACUUGGUGAUCGGCUGUUCGAUCCAUUUUUUCAGUCUGCCUAACACAGAUGUGGUGUAGUUCGGAUAAGAAUUAGGGAUGUUGACAUGUUGUUAUCAACUAAUGACUGCGGCAUUAGUUUCUCUAA